UAGUGUACAUCAGAAUUUAUAAAUGUGUGUGCACAGUAAUCCUUUGUGUCUUGAUGGUACGUGAGAUGAUUCUUCAUCAAAAUUUGGGAGGCACAUGGCAAAUUCCAAUGUUUUUAUGACUGCAAUAUCACAUCUAAAUUCUGUAUUCUAAAAAUGGUAGGUCUCCUGAAGAAUGAAGUGUAUGAAAGAGAUUGGCGAUUUUGAUGACUUCCUUUCUUUCGGUCUUUUUUUAAUUAUAUCAGAUGUCCCCUGAUGGGACUUUUCUUUCUGUCUGGUAAUGACUUUUCUAACAAGACCACUGUCUUUUCACCACUUCAAGUAAACUCCAUCAUUAAGGGAGAAGUUCGCUAAUUCUGGUGUUCUAAGGAAGUUCUCCUCCCUCUACAAUCGGGUACAUAACUAUUUUUGGUUACAACUUUUGGUGAUUCAAUCAGCAGCAGAAGAUGGAGAUUGGGCAAAGAAACGACUAUAUCAGUCCUCACUGGAAAAGGGAUCCGUCUUUCAUAGAAGGGCCAGAUUCUGCAGGAUCAUUUAGUAUUCCGGUCCGAGCUUUGAACAUCGCAUGGGGAAGAGACCAUCGUUACUGGCGACGGAUUACGCUUGGCGAAGACGAAAAUAGGUCAGUUGGCUUUGAGGAAGCUGUAUUACUCGAUCAAGUGAACUGGUUUGAAGUGACUGGAAUGUUGGACAUUCCAUGCUUGAACUUGGCCGUGCACACCACCUAUAGACUAUACUAUGUAGUAAAGUUCUUGCCUGGAGCAUUUGGGUGGCAUACGGCCGAUGUCAAAUUCAAGGUGAAGUUCAAAGAUACUCAGGAGAUCAUGUCUACUGAGCUCAUCAUACUGGAGACCUACAAGAAGCAACCUGAUCAGUGGCAUGAGAUACCUGGUGGUAAACCCUUUGUUGUUAACAAUGAAGUUCUAAUCACUACUGUUGAGUUUGGAAUGUUUGAAGUGGAAACUGAUUGGUGGAAGGGUGGCAUGGUACUUGGAGGGGUCAAAGUUAAACCAGACAACCCUCCUGCCACAGAGCUGCAAUAAAUAAGAGUCUUUACUAUUGUUCUUAUCAUCAUUUUUUCCUUUUUUUGGAGAGAAGGAAAUGGAUAAGAUUUGAGGAAUAUUGAGCUAUGUUGCAGUCGUUCCUUCUCUUCCAAGGCCGUGGAAUGUGUUUAUUUGUUUAUCCUCGGGUGAAGCCGGACACCAUCUCAAUAUUUGUGUAUGCGCAUGCUUGAAAAAAUCAUGUGCUGUUGUUAUGGUUUCCAGACAUCCUACCUUGCUGCUUCCAGGACAUCUAACCAAUUCUUUAUCCAGUUUGCUUUAUGGCAACAUAUUGAGUUUUUCCCUUUUCUUUUUUUUUUUUCCCAUGGGAAGCAACAUUUCUAGGAUUAAAGAUCAAUUUCAUUUCCAUUGUAAUGAGUACAUGCCUUCUCUUUUAUACUUCUUUUUUUUCUGGGAUGCUGAUCAUUUUCUUUGUUUUA